AUGUUCUCCUCAACAAACACUACCACGGCUGCAACAGCCGCAGCUCUUACCAAAGUAGCAGCCAUGCCCAUCGAUAUCGUCCGCACCACUCGCAAGUUAAUCGCAUCAGUGAACCCAUUCACCCUCUCUUUUGCUCAAGCAGCCCAUGUAAAACUUAAAGCUGAUUCGAUGGCCAUGGUACUCUUUUGUAUUGCGAAACAGCUGUGUGCGUAUGUCGAAGGCUGGCGCAAGGGUUGGCGGAAGAGAAAGAGAGAUCGAAAUGUGAUGGAGACAGAAAAGAAACAUAAAGAGAUUAAGAUGAAGAAGCUUAAGGGGAGAAAGAAGGGAGGGCAUACGAGGAUAGUUGCGAAAGGGAGGUAUACGCUGAUCUUGCAGUGA